UCUACAAAGUACCUACCUAGGUAAUUCACGAGCCAGCUAGGUACAUACAUACUCCAAUCUGAGAUCGAGAUCUCAUCAUGCUUGGUGAUUUCCACAACUGAGGCUUACCCUUUAUAAGAUAUUACGAAAUUACAACCCUUCACCAUGAGCAAUCUUCAUGCGCCUACUGUCCCCUCGGGACCGACUUCUGCCCCUGUCACCAACGGCAGUGCUGCCCAUCUAUCCUUUGCUGAGCUCCAGCGCAAGAAGGAUGCUAUCGAGGGGGAGCUCAAGGCGCUCAGCGGAGUGCUUGAUUCGCACGGCGUUGACAUGAACACAAACCUCCUUACUCCCGAUGGCUUUCCCAGAUCAGAUAUCGAUGUUGCGCAAAUCCGCACAACAAGGUCGCGCAUCAUCCAUCUUCGCAACGACUACAAGGAGCUGAUGGCCUUGAUCGAGAAGCGUCUGCAUGAGCAUUUCGCCAGCAUCCAGGACGACGACGAAGAGUCAACACCUGUUCCCACGGAUCAAUCCGCACCGCUGCCAGACUCGGUACCCGAAGUCCUGGAGCAGCCAUUUGCCAAAGUCAACAGUGUCGUUGAUAACAGUCCGGCGGCCACAGCAGGUCUCAAGGCCGGUGAUCUGAUUCGCAGCUUUGGUUAUGUCAACCGGUCCAACCAUGACAGCCUAAGGAAGGUCGCAGAGUGUGUUCAGGGUAAUGAAGGGCAAAAUAUCCUCGUCAAGGUCUCUCGGAGCACGGCAGGGACACGAACCCAAGAGCUUCGGCUAACGUUGACUCCUCGCCGCGACUGGGGCGGUAGAGGUAUGCUUGGAUGCCAUAUCUUGCCACUAUGAAAAGGCAACCGGGGCGAGAUGAUGGCCUGGAACUAGGCAGAAGAAGAUUGUGAUACAAGAGUAGCGUCAUUGGGCACCAAAUCCGCUCAGAUAUGUUAGGGAAGAAUCAGGAUGCGCCAUUGCCGCCUGGAAAUGAGGCCUCUUUGGGAAUUUGCUUUGUAAUGAAGGAAACGACGGAUCUGAGACUGACUGGCAUUCGAAAGAUGAACCAAAAAGCCAAGACGCCAGGGGGUUCUCCCUCACCGUAGUAACGAGGCCAGAACCAAAACAAAACAAACGAGCUUGAACGAGCAAACCUGAUGACAAAAUGGAAAAAGAGAUAGAUGGAUAAGGUCGAUGCCAUGAGAGUGCGCAUUCACUGUAGCCCAACGCUUGAAACCUCUGGUAGGUUCAGUUCUUUGUUCCCGACACGCGACUGUCAGCACGUCAGCACGUCAGGAGCAGAAAAUAAGACACGAACGGACGGCAUUGCGGCAAGACGGAGUGAAUGGCAG